AUGUUCUUGGCGGAAAAGGACCAGGUGCGCCAGCGCAUUGCGCAGGUGAAUAAUAGGGUUUCCUCCCGCCACCCAAACCGGUUUUUUAACAUCGUCCUCGUCACUACGGCCAGUGGCACACCCAAGAUUGGAACGGUAACCAGCAUCUGCUACUUUUUGAGCCUUACCAACAACUACUGCACCACCACUCUGUCCUUCGGCUACUUUGGCGAUAUGACAUUCAUGGGACCCUUCACAGAUGACACGGGAGCCGCCUUUGUGAACGCCAUCGUGGGCGGUACGGGCAUCUUCGCUGGCGCCGGCGGCAGCGUCAGGGUUGAUGUGCUGGUCGGUGGGCAGGUCUGGAAGUACACCAUCGGGCUCAAGGCCAAGGCAAAUGGUAGUGGUAGUGGUAGCGCCACGACCUGGCUGGCUUUGGCGGCCCUGAUGCUGCUCAGCGCUAGUCCUGUGUUCGGAUGGGAGGAUCACAAGCCACCGAAGCCGCCUAAGGAGAUCUGCGACAAGACCAUUGUCGUGACCGAGAAGUUCAACGAGACCGCCUGGGUGACUCCGACAGGCAUCCCCCCGGGAUCGGACCUGUCCCCGUUCAUUGGCUACAGCCUUGGCUACAUUGAUCCCUUGUACCUGGGGGCCAGCGUCGAGCCCAAGACGAGGGUUGGGAAGGCCAGCGAUUUCUGCUACGUAUUUGCGCUGAAGUACAGCUACUGCGUAAACACGCUAGAGUUUGGUAUCUUCGGCAGCAUCACGUUCCUCGGGCCCUUCACGGACGUCCAGGAUGCUUGCUUUGAUAACGCCAUCGCUGGGGGCACGGGCAUCUUCAGUGGCGCCGAGGGCAUAGUGAAAGUGAAGGUGCUGAAGGAGGGCGAGGUGUACGCGUACAAGAUUGAGCUAGAGGACAAGCCCAAGUGCAAGGACAACUGAAUGCUCAGGAAGGACAUUCAGGAGCUGCUGGCGGCGGAACCAGGUGGGAAGCGAUUGGUUACGUUUGCGACGGCGGAGAUUCAUUCCCCGAGGCAUGGCGGCUGCACGAUUGAAGGGGUCGCCUCAUGUGGUGUUAGCAUGUAUGUACGUCGGGUGCCUGUUCGAAACGUGCAAUGGAGCUCCCGGGUGGUGAUAUAACCUCAAUUUAGUUGGUAGAUGUUGUUAGUUGCUGGCAGUAAUCCGUUGUCGCCCAGAAGUCGCCCAGAAAUGAUUGACAGAAGUGGCUGCGGUUUGCGUUGGCCUGCAGUGGAUUAGUUGUCCAUGACUCACCCACGUGAUGCCACGUUCAGAGUGAUCACCGAUCUUUAAUAGGCGGGAAUAUUUGGGUAUGAUGCACGUACGUCCGGACACUACGAUUUAUUAACUCAGCAUACAUCUCUGCUGUAAAAACAAUAUACGAAUG